AUGAAAGGCUAUAUCCGCGGCACUGCAUUACUCACUGCAUAUCUCGUUAGGCCAUUUGAUAAAGAGGGAUGUCAGAUUACAUAUCUUAGCCAUUCAGAUCCUAAAGGAAAACUGCCCACAUGGUUGGUAAAUCGCUUGACGCGUGUGAUUGCUCCUAAAAUAGUCAAAAAAUUGCAUAAAGCAUGUAUUGCUUACCCCGAAUGGAAGAGACACAAUCAACCCAAUCUUAAACCUUGGAUUUACGCCGAACAACAGGUGGACUUUCCUCGCGUAGAUUUGGCAAAGUGCCAGCCUCAGGAGUAUGAACAGGAAGUAAUAGACGAAUCAAGUGCUCCUCCUUCGAAGGCUGUCGACGAUGAGGACGAUGAUUGA